UUGAUUCAACACAGAACAUGAUUGCUAUUUCAGUAUUGGAUCAAUGGAAGAAAGGUUUACCUGUGGAGGAUUUCCUGGAAAAGGAACCUGUUUCCUCCAUAGAGUUUCAGACUAGUAAUGAUUUAGUAGAAGUUAUUCCAAGUUCAAAUCCUUGCUCUCAGACUGACACUGAAGAACCUUUUUUACUUAUGAAGAAUGGUGUUAAGGAAGACUCCACCCAAGACAAAUAUUUGAAGAUUUACUAUGCCACUGAAUUUAAAGAACCACAGCAAGAUUUAUGUUUGGAAGAGGAGUUAAUUUUUAUUGAUAAUCUUGAAAAUUUCCGUAAAAAACUGCCAACUUUAUCCAUACUUCUGAGCAGACUACAGUUUUUUUUAGUGAAAGAUCCCCUUUUAGAUUCUGAAGGACAGAUUUUAACAGCAGAGAAUAUUUUCAGAGAAUGCUUGACUUUCCAAAAUGGAAUGAAGAUGGAAGAGUGUCAAAAUGAAUUGCAGGGGAUUAAAGAAAAUUUCUGUACUAUAUCUGUAAAAGAUGAAGAGUAUUUCCUGUUGCCUACUGAGUUGGAAUUUGGCAAAUCCAACAAUGGCAGAUCUGAUUGUGUUAAGAUUCCAUCAUACUUACAACUAGAGGAGGUGUUAAAUUUAGCUCCAGUCACUAUAGAUGAUGAAGACCUUUGCAAACAAGUGAUCAGAGAAGAUCUCAAAGCAGAAAUUACAUGCAAAAUAGAAAUUUCCAAGUACUGUGCCAUUCCACAAGAGGUUUGCUCCAGUAUUAGCACAAGUAUGUUGGAAUUCUCUGAGUCAGCUGAAUAUAUCCCAUAUUUGAAAGAUGAAAUGGAAGUGCCUUUAACUCCUCCAUGCAGACAAGAAAUGUCAUGGGUUAAUUUUCUGUGCAGAGGACUUCAAGAAGAACCUAUUUCUCUCUCUGGUAACAGUAUUUUAAUUGCAGAGCCUGCUAGGGAAUUCUUAGAAUCUUUGGUAUGGCAAUCAGAGAAGUAUCGGGAUAAUAUGAGCUCUCUUUUGCUUGUCGAACAUCCAGUUGCUAACCUUGCACAUCAGCAUAUUUCACUGACAGAACUGCAGAAAGAGCUGCCAGUUGAGGUCGAAGCACCAAUGCUCGGCUCAGUAGAGGAGGUCUGGUGGCUUCAUAGCGGUUUAAACCCAGCAGAAAUUUUGGAACAAUUUAAUAUGGAUGGAAGUAAUCCAAACAGUCUGCUUCCUGCAGAAGUAGAAACAUUCACACAAUUUACAUCAUAUCAAUUAGAAAGAUGGCUUGAAGAGAAGAAUUCUGUGACAAACCAAGAGCUGCUUUCUGCUGAAAGACAUCAGUCAGAGAAAGUAGUUAAUCCUAACUUGUCACUGCAGAUUCAAAGGCAGUACUUUGACAUGAGUACUGCGCCAUCUGCCAAAAUUCACAGUACAAACACAUCUGUGGAAGAGCUUACUGGAGGAAGCUUAAGAAAGAUUAAGACAGAAGAGGCAAUUCAAUUCUUAAACCAAGAAAAGGAAACCCCCAAACCAUCUGAAUCAGACAGCUGUAAACGUGUGUCUUCUAAACUAGACAACUCAUCCUGUAGUGGAAAGCCUGCAUCACUUGCUUCUAAAUGUGCCAAUGAUGAUUCUGAUCUGAACAACUUUAUCAUGAUGAGAUCUAGACAUACAGUCAUCCAAAGAGAAGAAAAAUAUUGUAUAGAUAGACCUGAAAAAGUGGUACAGCCUGAAGAACAGCAUAUGCGUGUUCAGAAAGAGGAUGAUUCUUUUUGUGAGACUGUUAAAACGGAGGAAAAAGCUCAAGAAAAUGAAGGCAGUAUCACUGUCAAUAUUCAAUCAUCAGAAAGCCAGUGCCAGGCAUACUGCUUCUUGGAAGAAGCAGCUGUUCCUGUACUAAAAGAUUUGACACAUCUGGGUGUACUUGCUUCUGUUACUUGGAGCUUUGACAGUGUUAAAUUUGAUCACACAAGGUUUUUUUUAAAACAGCAAGAGAAAGUGAUAUGUGACAAUUUUAAACAAGGUAAAAUAGAUGAGAAGGAGAUCAUGUUGUUCAGACACGCUGCUCUGGUACACCUGCUGGUGACAGUUCGAGAUCUGCUACUAACAUGUGGCUUGGAUACAGCUCUAGGUUAUUUGUCCAAGGCAAAGGAUAUCUAUAAAAACAUUUUAGAAUCCUGUUUGAAUAAUAUCUGGAGGCAGUUGAAGAUUAUACAGUACAGCAGCCAGAAAAAGCAUGAAACACAUCCCAAAAUAACAGCGCUUCAGUGUGAAAUGUUAAAUUGGAUGAAAAGUUACGGAGAGAAACACAGUGUUAAGAUACUAAUCAUUACAAGGAUGGACUCUGAAAGAGAAAAAGCUGCCUUCAUUCACCCGUUAUCUAGGAUAGAAGGUUUGAAAGCUGUAGAUUUGAAUUCUGAGAAAAAAGGAAGCCCUUUAAGUUGUAAAGAGAUCAUAAGCAAUCUUAGUAGAUAUUCCUGCGUUAUUGUACAUAAUCAGCAAAUUGGAGCUGACUUCCCUUGGACACACUUCUCAUUAGUAAUGGAAUAUGAUUAUUCUGAAAAUUCUGCCUGGAAAAAUCUGUGCAAAAAUCUGAAUGUUACUUACAUGACUUUUAAAACCAACCUCCCCAAAACAACCCCAAAAAUGGGGAAUCAUGGUGGUUCCUUUCUUCUGGAAGUACAGAUUCCAUAUGUAUUUCUGACAACUGAAGGUCUUCUUAAUAUGCCAGAUAUUCUUCAGCUUUUUGAAUCCAAGUACAGCAUUACUUUUGUUGAAAGAAGUAGUAGUUACUCCUUAAGGCUCUUUGGAAGUACAGAUCGAUAUGUUGUGUUGACAAUAGAUGAAUGUACUGCUGUCUUUUUGCAGACUAUGGAAGAACUAAAUUGUGAGGACUCCUGUGACACUGUAAUAUCAAGACUGAUGGCAUUAUCACUCCAAUAUACGUGCUGUUGGAUUAUUUUCUAUUCCAGAGAAAGACUGAGUUUAGAGUACAGUCUCAAGGGAAAUACUCUGCUUAACCUUGUCUUAAUUUAUGCCACUCUAAUUGAACUUACACAGAAGUCAGAAGACUUUGAAGUGAAGGUAGUUCUUACACCAGGGAUUGAAGAGACAGCAUUGGUAAUUCGUCAGAUUGCUGACAACAUUUUGACAGCAUCUAGUAUCAGUCCUGAUGAGUGGCUGGAUAAAUCCUGGCUUUCUGUCCUGCCAUCUGAGACAGAGAAAAGUCUACUUACUUUUCCAUGUAUCAAUCCUUUGGUUGCUCAGUUUAUGUUAAAGAAGGGAUUUUCACUGAGCAGGUUGUUUCUUGCAAGCUUUGAUCAACUCCAAGAACUUCUGCCAGAGGUUCCAAAAAAAGUUUUAAAGCAUUUCAGUGACAUGAUAUCUUCAUACAGCCUAAAUACUGCUGCUCUAAAAAAACCAGUGAAAGGUGCAUCACACACAGAAAACCAGAAUAAUUUCAGCACAUUGCAUCUUGAUAAUAAACAAAAUUUUCAGAUUUUAGAGCUGCUUGAUAAGGCUCAAACCAGCACAGGAACAUCUCAUAUGAAUUCUGAAGCUUUAAUUCCUCCACUGAAUCGUCAUAAGGGUUUUUUUAAGUCUGAUCUUCCGAGUUGUAUGCAAAAGAAUGCAUGCUCAUCAGAUGUAAUUACAAGGAAGAAGCCGGAUUUCUUUGCUGUAUCAAAGGACUAUGAAGAUUUUUCUCAUCCAGAAGCUAAAAAUUCUCUCCCUGUUCAAAGACAGCCUUUCAGGAUGCAUGAUAGCUCUGAUCAUUCUACCAAAGACUCUGAGAAAGAGGAUUUCUUUGCAACUUUCAGUGACUGUGCACCUCAGGAAAGCUCUAAAAGUUUUCUAGAAGAAUUGAGAGACACAGCAUUUAAAAGCCCAGAAAUUCAGAUUGACCAACCCCUGUGGAAUGAUUCUUCAUCCCCAGGCCCACAUAAUUCAUUUGCUCAUGAUGGUUUUCUCUCUGAUUUCUUUGAUGAUGCAGAUGAGCUUCAAAAUCUAAAUUUUAACCAAAUAGGUAGAAUAUCUAAAGGAAAGAGAAAACAAAGGCCUCCAUUUUUAUGGACAAAAGAAAAAAUUAAAACAGAGUCAGGAUUUCCAGAAGUACGGAAGUUCAAAAAAAGGAGACUGACAUAUGAAAGAGUCCCUGGAAGAAGAGAUGGACAAACACGUCUCAAAUUCUUUUGAACAGAAUGGGGAUUUGCAUAUUACAUAC